UUACUAGCUGCGGUGCUUCCGUUACUCGCCAUAUGUUCGGCCAGCACCUCAACCGAUUUGAGCUCGUCUCUAUGGGACGUCAUCCCAGAUUGUGCCAAGAUAUGUGUAGAAAACUUCGCCAACGCAGAGUACACCUCCGCAGAAUGUAGCACUAUAUCGGACAUGAGAUGCUUAUGCCGAACAAAAACACCCAGUGGACUUACAAUUGGAGAGGCGGCGUUAAGUUGUGUUUAUGCUCUGUGUUCGAAGACGAUAAUCCAAAGUUCUUCCGCCGCGGACGCUUACAGAGUUUGCGACUCAGUGUCUGAUGCUGUGUCUGAGACACAUAAGACAAUCACGGCAACGACCUUUCCUAGUGUCUCGUCUACCUCCACGACCGAAAUAACGACAACUGAGGUCACUGCAACGACUACUACUACUUCUGAUACGACUCCAGAAACUACUACACAAUCGAAUAGCUCUACGAUUUCUAGCGACUCUGCGAUCACUGUGUACCAUCCAAGCUCGACUGGAACUGGUGCAGCGCCCACAAUUGCCAGCACUGAAACCUCUUUGACAUCAACCAGUUCUUCAUCUCCACCCAGUAGUCCGGCUGCCUCAGGUGAGAACAAAGAUCACCAUGUCAGCGCUGGUACUGUGAUCGGAGUCUCUGUCGUGUCAGGUGUGGCAGGUUCCUUUAUCAUUGGAGUUGCUGUGUUCUACCUCUGCAAGAGAUGGCGACGAAACAAUCAGGUUGAAGACCCAGAUUCGGACUUUGAGAUUGGGGGUGCCAUGGCUGAGCCCCCCUGGUUUUUCCCGCGAUUCAUCACCGGACCGAGUCCAGGUUCGGGCUCGACUUCAUUCGCUGCUUUAGACCAUCAACCGGAAAUGUCUCAGUCAUCACGCACUUUGCAACCAGGAUCUCAACGCCCUCCAAGAUUGGUUACACCUGAGAAUGAUCAGCUUCCCCUGGAUCCUCGGGGACGAGCACGUAUAGGACUGGCCGCGAGCUCUGAUUCAGAGUGGGGAGGCUCACCUCGGACAAUAUCAUCGCAAGCCACUCUUUCAGAGCCUUUUCAAAAUCAUGGAGCUGGAUUGUACCCCAAACCACUUAGAUGGACCCAUACCCAUCGUCCUAUCAGUGGGGAAACACUCUUUGAAGAAGAUGAACACCAACAGGGCAUCAUGGGGAGGAUGCAGAAUGCAACUUCAAGGACAGGGCUUCCUUUACCGGCGAAUCCUCGUGCGUUUAAGGACGGGCUCCCAGCACAGCAGUUCCCCCAUGCUCCCGGCCAACAAAGACGAGACCAUGGCCGAAAUCUUACGCCGAGUCUCACCACCAGGGGUUUGACAUUGCCAUUUUCUGGGCCCGCAUCUCACAGAUCAGACGCAUCAAGCAGCACCGGUACACAGAUAAAUAGCUCGGGCGGCUUAUCAUCUGAAAACUCAUCCAGCAACUCUCUCACAACACCUUUUGCAGCCGCCCAAGACCCCAGACUAUGCGGUGCUCACAGUCAACGCCAUGAUAAUACGAGAAAUCCACCGUACACGCUAGGACCACCCGCUGAGAUAGUAUCCCGGCCACGAAUCGUCCGUGGCGACGAUAUCAAACGCGUCCAAAUCCGCAGCAGCCCACGUCCACCCAGCCAGGCAGGAGCGCCAUGGGGCCCGGACGACCUCUGGCUCGAACGGGGUCGUGGACGAGACAUGCCUGCCUCCUCCGAGGUUCCAUAUCCCUCAGAGAUCAAUCCCGGCGCUGUUGGAUAUCCAUCGAGUCCGAAGAAAAGACCCGAGGACAAGCCAAAAAGAGUGUCACCGACGAGUCCUAAUUUGACGCCUUCAAGGCGGAGCCAGAAUCUAAUUCUGCAUGUUGACUGA